AUGGCAACCGCCCCACAGACUACUCGCGAGGCAUCUGAGCAGGCUUAUGAUUAUUCAUCCCGUGCUCCUCCGAGGGAGUCUGGCUCAAAUGCUUACGGCGGAGCCUCUGGCCAGCCUUCUCGCCGGGACACUCGUGUAGGCUUUGUUCUCCAAGACUAUCCUACUGAUGAAGCUCGCCGAAAUGUUCGCUCGGAUGUUACCGCUUCGGACUACUCCGCUGAGACUCGACUGGUCAAGAAACCUGGGCAGUCUCGAACCAAUGACCGUAGAUUCCUUGUGAAGCGCGUGUCUACUGAUCUCGAGGGUUUGCAGGUGGCUCAGAUGUUUCAGGGAUUCGAGUCGACAAAUGGGCCAUUUCUGCCUGAAUUGAACACAAAAGGUCGCUUCUAUGUGGCGUUUGCCGAUAUCAGUGAAGCCAAAAGAGCUGUACAGGUCAUAGAAUCCAGCCACCCGGAGUGGGAGCUGGUUCCUAUCCCUGCAGAGGACUUCAAUCGGGAAACCAGGCUGGCAUCCCCUCUGCCUCCCAACUUUGAUGACCAAGUUUUAAUUACUCUGUACUGUGGCAACCACUCGAAUGUGAACCCAUCCAACAUUGUUGCCAGGUUGAAGCCCUUUUUCGAGCUCGUAGGUCGGGUGUAUUCGAUUCAGGAACUGUUGCUCGGUAAUUCAUCUGGAUUGGGUCGCUUGACCACUCACGAACUCAUUGUGCGGUACUACAACACUCACCAUGCCCUCAAUGCUGUUCGCACUCUGAAUGCAAUUCGAACGGAAGACUUUGUCAUUGAAGUGAUGCCGUGGCACCAAGGGAUGGAAUCUCAGCCUAUCCGCCACUGGACCUCCACAAUCAAAGGCCGCAGACUCUCACACCCCUCGCAAUACGGCACUCCAGGGCGUCGUGCCUACAUGUCCCCGGGCGGAGAUCCUGACAGCUCUCCAAUAAUUCCGGACCGCACUUCGAUAUCCAAGGACAAUGUGAUCGACCUUGGAAAGAUCUACUAUGGACAGGAUGGCCGUACCAGUGUUAUGCUCCGCAACAUUCCCAACCCUAUGGUUUGGUUGAAUCUGAAGGGGAUCUUGGAUCAGACUAGUCGGAAUCGCUAUGACUUUCUGUAUCUGCGCAUGGACUUUGAAAUGAACCAGAAUGUUGGUUAUGCUUUCGUCAAUUUCGCUGAUGCCGUGGACAUCAUUCCUUUUGUGGAAGCUCGCGAUGGGGCUUGUUGGCCCGGAUAUGACAACUUUACCGACAAGGUCGCCGAGAUCUCUUACGCAACGGUGCAGGGCAAAGAUGCGCUCAUUGAAAAAUUCCGAAACAGCCCGGUUAUUUUGAACAGUUACAAUAACCGACCCAAGCUUUUUCAUCUGUCUGGUCCUCGCAUCGGGGGUGAAGCCACUUUUCCCCCGGUAAACAAUUUCUACACACUAUCCAAGGGUGUUGAUAGAAGCAAGCGAAGUGGCUUGUACCGCAGCGAAAACCGCAAUAUCUCCCGAUCUGGACCUACGCCUGCUCCUGGAACACAGUACCACCGCUACUCUGACAGCAACAGCGAGGGAUCACUGCGAGGAGAGCAGGACUUGGAGCGCGAACGUGAGCGGGCCCGUGAGCUUGGAUCUCCAGUCCGAGCUUCUCGUACUCAGCAAAGCCGAGCUCUUGAGACACCUGGUACCAUGCAGCUGUGGAAACCAGGAUCCAGUCGGGAAUAG